AUGGGUGCAGAGAAGCUGAUAGUGGUGAUGGUGGGUCUGAUGGUGUUGGCCGGCACGGCCCAUGGGCAACUGCCAUUCGAAGAUGCCAUCGUGAACGGCACACUUUGUUGCACAUCGACGGGUGGGUGCACCUCCGGGGCCCAGGCCGUUGCGGGAGCGAACGUGAGCCUAAGUUGCCGGACAAUCUUGGGCACUAUCUUGACGGUGGCCCAGACCGUCACCAACUCCACCGGACAGUUUAGCUUAUACGUUAAUAACCUUCCAGGUUUGUCGGUCUCCAGCAUCUUCCCAAUCCUGCCAUGCAACGCCACUGUUCAGCUUCCGCUCAACCCCCCAAUCUGCCAGCUCCUCAGCACUGUCAACGGCACCCUCUCGGCCGUUGCCGCGCCCGUAAACAUGGUAGGUGGCCAGUCCAGCGGAGCACUCACUGGGGUUUUCUCGUUGUCGGCGUUCGACCUUGCCUUGGCCGUCUCACGUUAA